GGAGCAAUACUACAGGGAUGCCAUGGAGCAGUGUCACAACUACAACGCUCGCUUGUGCGCCGAGAGGAGCGUCCGCCUCCCUUUCCUCGACUCGCAAACCGGAGUCGCUCAAAGCAACUGCUACAUCUGGAUGGAGAAACGUCACCGAGGGCCAGGUUUAGCUGCUGGGCAACUUUAUUCCUACCCCGCACGCCGCUGGAGGAAGAAACGCCGUGCUCAUCCUCCUGAAGACCCGAGACUUUCCUUCCCUUCUAUCAAACCAGACACUGAUCAGACCCUGAAGAAGGAAGGGCUGAUCUCUCAGGAUGGCAGCAGCCUGGAAGCUCUUUUGAGAACUGACCCGUUGGAGAAACGUCCCCUCCCGGAUCCCCGUAUCGACGACGACAGCCUGGGCGAGUUCCCCGUCACCAACAGCCGCGCGCGGAAGCGGAUUCUGGAGCCGGAUGAUUUCCUGGAUGAUUUAGAUGAUGAAGACUACGAAGAAGAUACGCCAAAGCGGAGAGGGAAGGGGAAAGCCAAGGGUAAAGGUGUCGGGGGAGCUCGUAAGAAGUUGGACGCAGCCAUCUUAGAAGACCGAGAUAAACCCUACGCUUGUGACAAUAGUUACAAACAAAAGCAUACCUUGAAACCUCCCGAUCGAG